UCGCGCUCACUCGCAGCGCCGCAACGCAACUGCGCUCCAAAAAGGCAUGCGCCCUGACGUCACUUCCCGACCGUAUCACGUCUGGCGAGCCAACAUCCGCCAGGCCCUCCAUGUUUGCGUCUGCCUCCAUUUCGCAGAGAAGAGCGCGGCGGUCCAGUGCCCACAGCCGCAAGCGUCGGGAAAACACAUCUACGGCAGUUUCCCUUCGCCUCGGAAACUCGUCGGUCUCCUCUUUUCUCAUCCGACUGUCGACCCCCUCGCACCGGAUGUCAUCUCUCGCUCGAAGCCGCACUGA